CUCCCCAGCAGGUCAGCCCCGAACCGGAGAAGGGCUCCACGCUCCUGCCAGCGCACACCAAGGAUAUUGCAGCCCGGGGAGGCAACUGGAGCUAAACCGGCCGCAGGUUUUAAAUGUGUAUUUGGCUACUUGGCUACUGAUUAGAGAACACAAAAUGAAUAACUCAACAAACUCCUCUAACAAUGGCCUGGCUCUGACCAGUCCUUAUAAGACAUUCGAAGUGGUUUUUAUUGUCCUUGUGGCUGGAUCCCUCAGUUUGGUGACCAUUAUUGGGAACAUUCUGGUCAUGGUCUCUAUUAAAGUCAACCGCCACCUCCAGACUGUCAACAAUUACUUUUUGUUCAGCUUGGCCUGUGCUGACCUCAUCAUUGGUGUUUUCUCCAUGAACUUGUACACCCUUUACACUGUGAUUGGCUACUGGCCUUUGGGACCUGUGGUGUGUGACCUUUGGCUAGCCCUGGACUAUGUGGUCAGCAAUGCCUCAGUAAUGAAUCUGCUCAUCAUCAGCUUUGACAGGUACUUCUGUGUCACAAAACCGCUCACCUACCCUGUCAAGCGGACCACAAAAAUGGCAGGUAUGAUGAUUGCAGCUGCGUGGGUGCUGUCCUUCAUCCUCUGGGCCCCAGCCAUUCUCUUCUGGCAGUUCAUCGUAGGGGUGAGAACUGUGGAGGAUGGGGAAUGCUACAUUCAGUUUUUUUCCAACGCUGCUGUUACCUUUGGCACUGCCAUUGCAGCCUUCUACUUGCCUGUGAUCAUCAUGACUGUGUUAUACUGGCACAUAUCCCGAGCCAGUAAGAGCAGGAUAAAGAAGGACAAGAAGGAGCCUGUGGCCAACCAAGAUCCAGUUUCUCCAAGUCUGGUACAAGGAAAGAUAGUGAAGCCAAACAACAACAAUGUGCCUGGCAGUGAUGACGGCCUGGAGCACAACAAAAUCCAGAAUGGCAAAGCUCCCAGAGAUGCUGUGACUGAAAACUGUGUCCAGGGAGAGGAGAAGGAGAGCUCCAAUGAUUCCACCUCAGUCAGUGCUGUCGCCUCUAAUAUGAGAGAUGAUGAAAUAACCCAGGAUGAAAACACAGUUUCCACUUCCCUGGGCCAUUCCAAAGAUGAGAACUCAAAGCAAACAUGCAUCAAAAUUGUCACUAAGACCCAAAAAGGUGACUCAUGUACCCCCACUAAUACCACCGUGGAGCUAGUUGGUUCUUCAGGUCAGAAUGGAGAAGAAAAACAGAACAUUGUUGCUCGCAAGAUUGUGAAGAUGACCAAGCAGCCUGCAAAAAAGAAGCCUCCUCCCUCUCGGGAAAAGAAAGUGACCAGGACGAUCUUGGCUAUUCUGUUGGCUUUCAUCAUCACGUGGGCCCCAUACAAUGUCAUGGUGCUCAUUAACACCUUCUGUGCACCCUGCAUCCCCAACACAGUGUGGACAAUUGGUUACUGGCUCUGUUACAUCAACAGCACUAUCAACCCUGCCUGUUAUGCACUUUGUAAUGCCACCUUCAAGAAGACCUUUAAGCACCUUCUCAUGUGUCAUUAUAAGAACAUAGGCGCUACAAGGUAAAACAUCUUGGUAAAGAAGGAAGGUGGCCAAAGGGAGCUUGGGGAAAAGAAGAAGGUUAAAAAAAACUCCUAGUUUUAAAGUCUCUGCCAUUGCACUUUAUAGUCUUAUUAUGGAAUGUGCAAUUAAGGAGCCCAGCAGUGACACUCUUACCGUGCCUACGCUCCAGUUUGAGAAACUUGCAUCUUAUAAACUCUGUCAGUUUAGGAGCAAUGAGGCCAUAAAAGAGAUAUGUUGGAAUUGUGGAUUUAAGGAAUGAUCUACGUUUUCCUGUACUCUCUUGAAGAAGGGCUUCUGAAUCUAUAAUUUUAUCUCUGCACAAAAAGAAUAAUAACCUCGCUCCUUUUAAAAAAAAUUUUUUGUUCCCAUGUGUCCAUAUGAGGAUGAAAUGCCACAGUUACAAACUAACCUGGAGACUUAAACAUAAAGAAAGCCAUUAGACAACGGGGAAGUGAAGAAAGAAGAUCAAAAAAGGAUGUAGAAAUGACCUCCAAAGUGUUAAGCAUAUAUUAUUCUUUCAUUAUGGUUUUGUGUAGAGAAUUGCAACAUAAUAAAUGCUUAUCUUUUUUACCUUUCCCUUUUCCCCAUCAAAAUAGAGCAAACAAAAACAAACAAAAAAAAGCUAGAUCACAUCAUUAUUUUCUCAUUAUGACAUUGGUUUCUGUACUUCCCCGUUUUACACUGUGUGAGGGCGAAAUCUGCAGGGCUUUCACUAAAAACAACCAGAGACACAAGAAAGGGGGCAUUUCCCCCCUGCCCACCACGUCCUUUGCAUUCUUUAGGGGUGUAAAAUCCUAUAUGGAUUUAGUUCACUUACAAUCCUUCAUGGGAUUGUUUUUAGCCAAUCUUGUUUUCUACUAAACUAGCCUCUUAUUUUAAUGGAAUAGCUACCUAAUUUAUAAACAUAUGAGAAACCAAAGUCAUUUUUUAAAUUAAAUUUUCAUCAAAUUAAAUAAUAGUCAUUCUAGUUGGAGAAAGUUUACUCAGGCCAGGUGAAUUUUGAGAUAAGAAAACAGAAGGUUGAAAGGGCAUCCUGUUUCAACCUGAAUCUGCCUGACCCAUGUAUGAAAUGCUAACUUGUAAAACAUGAACUCCUGGCCUUUGUCAGCAGGGAGAAGAUGCUGCUUUAUUCAUCUGGAAUCUUAAAUAGGAUUAACAUACUGACGGGGCACCAGUGACGUCUGGGUCAGUCCCAAGAGAAUAAGACCUUCUCUUCAGUGCUGGCUAGAGGAUGAUGUUCAAUUCAUAGUCAAGUAAGGUUUAUAACCAUUCUAUGACCUAUGGAGGGAAAAAAAAAAUUUCAAAAACAUUUACUGAAACCACAUGUUUCGUAUUCCCCAAAUCGUCAAUCCUCCCUAAAAUUUUUUAACUUUUAAGUUCCAAUCUUUAUGACAGAAGUGUAAUGGAUAACUAAACAGGCCAGUUGAACUCAGCAGAAUCUGAAAGAAUAUAGUGGUGUUCCCUGUACCACUUCUCAUUAUUUCUUUAUAAGUCAUAGAAAAGUUGUAUCAGGAACCAUUACCCAAUAGUGGCUUCAUAUAGAAUCUUGUCUAUGUAGAGACUUUUUAAUUGUACCUCAAAUAAAUAUGCAACUAUAUUGAUUCCCAUUUAGUUAUUUUUAUCCCUCAACUUUUUUUCCUUACUGUAUUUGCUGUAGUCUUCCAAUCAGAUUUUCUAAAGAUGAUCCAAUCAAUAGAAAUCAGAUUUUAAAACCCUUUUCAAGCUUCAUGUUUUGCACUGUAGAUUAUGGGCUUUAUGGGAUCUUGACCAGGAAUAUCCGUGUGCUUUGCACAAUGAAUUUGUCAAUAUUGAGACUUAGCACUUUAUAGCUAUUUUGUGCGACUUGCCUCACUGAUGGCAUCUCAACAAUUCUGAGAGCUAAUAAAUAAAGCACAAGGUAUAUAACAACAAAAAAAGGACAAUUGUAAGAAGCUAAUUGCCAACAAUAUUUGUAUGUAACUUAUCCUUUAUAAAAAUACCUUUAUGUUUCGAUAACUUCAAUCGUUCCCCUAACCAAAUCUUCUAUCUAUAAGCAUAUAGCAUCAGUCCAUAUAGAUUUGUUUAUUCUACCUUUACUCUACAAUUACCUUAAUGUAAACUUUUGCAUUUUAAAUCCAUAUUUAUUUUUGUUUCUUCAAGUCAACAUAUCAGUUGAGUAAAAGGGAUAUCAAGCCAAUGGGCUAUUCGGUUUCCUAUAAACGAAACAAUUGACUGGCUAAAUAUUCUGCUUAUUAACUUGUUGUACUAUUAGGGUGUAGAUUCAGCUCUAGCUGGGAUGAACUCUUUGUAGUCAAGGAUUCGGGAUUCUGGAUUCAGGUCUUUUUUUUGUCUGCUGUAACAAUCCAACUGACCGUGAAUCAAACUGCCUCUUUCUCUCCAUUGCCAUUACAUCUUUUCCUUCCUUCCUUCUAUUCUUGAUCCUCACCAUAUCCACCAUAACCUUAUUGAAAGAGAAACCAUUAAAAUUAAAGAAAGGAAUUGACCACAGGCUGACACAACAUGGAAGCUUUGUUAACCGGAAUCAGAAAAAUAGAAAGAACACUGAAAAUAGUAAAUGAUUAGAAAGAUACUGAAACUGUAUGCAAAGGCAUGUAUUAACUAACUAUUGCCGGAUUUGUCUAUUUCAGUGGCUCUCAACCAGGGACGAUUUUUGCCUCCUGGGGGACAUUUAACAAUGUAUGGACACACUUUUGGUUGUCUUAAUUCGAGGGAGGGCUAUUGUCAUCUAGUGACUCGGGGCCGAGGAUGCUGCAGAACAGCUAACAAUGCCCAGGGUAGACCCCACAGCUAAGAAUCAUUUGGGUCAGAAUGUCAGCAGUGCCAAAGUGAUUCUAGAGCUUGCUUUAUGUAAGUGGGAAAAUAACCCUGUAUCAGUAUUAGAAUAUCAAUGCAAAUUGUUCACCUGUUUGAAGAAGGUAAUGCUCACCAGUCAUGUAUCAGACACACUGUCAUCCAUAGAGUCUGGUGUAUUUGUAAUUGACAGAUAAGGAACAGAGGACACGUCUACAUAUCCAAAAUCACCAGACCGGGCCCAUAGCACAUUGUUUCCAGCAUCUUAAUGUCCAAUUAUGAUUGCCACAGAGUCCAGUCAAUUGAAGUUGCAGUAGUUGGCCAUUAAAAUGGUUGCAGUUGAUAUGGUCACAUUCUAUUGGAGCUGCUAUUUUUCCUGUCAAAAACAUUAAGAGCCUCUUUCAGAAACAAUAUGAUUCAUCUCCUUUUAUUUUCAGUGGAAAGGUGAAUAUCUGUCCAGAAUUUCUUCUUUCCUCAUAGCAAUAAUGUAAAUAUCCCAGAGUGGUCUUAUAAGAAGAGGAGUUUAAGAAUGUGAAAAAGGCAGUUCAUUUCUUAAAAAAGGAAAUGAUUGCCCCGCCAUUAAUUUAACACCAGCUCCCAAAUGGUAGGACAGAGUCAUCCAUAGAGUAAUUCAUAUAGGAUAAACUUUCUGGUUUGAAUGUCGAAGCUGGAAGUCCCACAUACUCCUGCUCUUUGUCCAUUCACUAUUGUUUUGAUCCUGAAUGUCUGACAUUGGAGGACAUAGGAGUUCAAAAUGAUGGCAACAUAUACUUAGAGAUGCAAUCUACUUUUAUUUUCUCCUACUUAGUUCACUGGUAGUUGCCUUUUCCCCAAUUUGAUAGCAUCCCUUUCAACAACCACAUCACUGGUGUUGCAAAUAGAUUAGGGAAGCACCCAAAGCUGGAUGAAUUGUGCAAAGUGUAUUUUCAGCAUGUAUAUACAAUACCAUGCCUCUCAAAUAUGCUUCUCUUAAAAGGGUGCACGCUACAGCAUGAACUGUGUGCAUAUUUAAUGUAUCUUCCUGGAAUAUGCUGUAUGCUUAAUAUACAUAUUCUAUAAAUAAAGUAAUAAAAUGUAUAAUAGAAAUACAUAUUUCUGUAUGCAAAUAAAUAUAUUAUACACAAAAUCUGAA